UCCCGUAAAACCCGCAUCAUCGUACAGAUCUUGAACCUCUCUAUCCAUCCUCGAAACAUUGACUCCCAUACUCCAUCAACAAUGGCUCCUCCUCGCCAGGUUUUCAUCGCAGUCAUCGGUGCCGGAGGUGUCGGGAAAUGCUUCCUCACGCAGCUCCAACAGCUCGCCUCCAAGCUCUCCCAAUCCCCCUCGUCCCCAACCUACCUCUCGCUCAUCUACCUCAGCACGUCCAAAAAGGCCCUCUACCACCCCGACUACAAAUCCCUCUCCAACUGGGAAUCCGAGCUCCACGCCUCGGACAAACCCACGCUCCCGCCCACCAACCUCGCAGACUACCUCGUCAAAGCCCCCGGCAAAGUCGUCCUCGUAGACAACACCUCGAACCAAGAAAUCGCUGAAUCCUACCCUACCUUCCUCAGCAAAGGCAUCAGCGUAAUCACCCCGAACAAAAAAGCCUUUUCAUCCAGCUACGCCCUCUGGCGCUCCAUCUUCACCGCCGCCAGCAACGGCUCUGGAGCAGGAGGGUGGGUAUUCCACGAGAGCUCCGUGGGCGCGGGGCUCCCCGUGCUCUCGACGCUCAAAGAGCUCCUGGAAACGGGCGACACGGUCCGCAAAAUCGAAGGCGUCUUCAGCGGAACAAUGAGUUUCCUCUUCAACAGCUUCGCCCCAACAUCCGGCGGCGGCGCCGCCUUCUCAGCCGCCGUUAAAACCGCAAAGGAAAAAGGCUUCACCGAACCAGAUCCCCGCGACGACCUCAACGGCCUCGACGUCGCGCGCAAACUCACCAUCCUCGCGCGCCUCGCGGGCCUCGAAAUCGACUCCCCCGCCGCGUUCCCCGUGCAAUCGCUGAUCCCGGCCGAACUCGAGGCGUGCGCCGACGGAGACGACUUUUUGGCCCGGCUCCCGGAGUUCGACGACCGCAUGGAGAAACUCAAGCGCGAUGCCGAGAAGGAGGGGAAAGUGGUGCGGUUCGUGGGGAGCGUGGAUGUGGGGAAGGGCGAGGUCAAGGUUGGGCUGGAGAAGUUCGACACGGGGCAUCCGAUUGCUGCGCUCAAGGGCAGCGAUAAUAUUAUUGCGUUUUACACGCAGCGGUAUGGGGAUAACCCGUUGAUUAUCCAGGGCGCUGGCGCGGGCGGUGAGGUCACGGCUAUGGGUGUCACGGGCGAUUUGGUCAAGGUGUUGAGGUUGUUGCAGUAG